UCCUGCUGAGGACAAGCUAAGAGAAAGCAGGAAAAAAAAAUCGAUGCAGCUAAUAACAUUCUCCCCGACUGCUCCUUUCCACAGGACGGAGGUUGCUGAGUUACGUCUGCCUGGCUUUCGACACUAAAGAAGAAAGAGAGGAAGAACGCUGUGACCAGACCCAGAAACCAGCGAGCCGCCUGGAAAUUUGCAACCCUGACCCAUGCCCCCCAAGGUGGUUUUACAAGCAAGGUGCGUGUAGUGUGACGUGCGGUGAAGGUGUUAUGCGCAAGGUCUUGUACUGCGCACGAGGGACUGGGGAGGAGGAAGAGGUCCUGCCAGACGCAGCCUGCGAGGACUCCUUGCGCCCUGAAGAACAGGAAGCGUGCCACCUGGAAUCCUGUCCACCCAGCUGGAAAGUGGGUGAGCGUGGUCCCUGCUCCUCUUCCUGUGGAGUUGGAGUAGCUACCCAAUCCGUGGCUUGCGUGAGGCUUUCUGGUGGCCGAAAGGUGGAGGUGGCCGAGGGCCACUGCCCAGAAGCAGAAAAGCCCCUCUCCGUCGUACCCUGCAUCCUCCGGGUCUGCCCUUACGAAUGGGGGUUCACCCCAUGGACGCAGUGCUCCGUCUCCUGUGGAACCGGCAUCCAGAGACGGCGGGAUUUCUGCGUCAACCCCCAAACCAAGACCAGAGUCAACCCUCUCUUGUGCAUGCAUGCCCCUAAACCCAUGAUGGUGAGAACGUGUUCCACCACCCCAUGCCUCGAACAGACCACAAUGAAGACAAACCUUGGAGCAGAUGUCCCGACACCAACCCGGCUUCCAGGGGCAGAGGCCCUGACCACCCCUGAGGCCACUCAUCCUCUCAAAGGACGUCAGGACCAGGCCUUCGACCUUCCGUGGUCGAAAGGAGAAGAUCUCGAGAAGAAAGAAACCAAGGCAGAUCUCUCAGAAGAACCCAGUUACGUAGCACUGCUGGUUAUUAAGAGGGCUUUAAUCCGAGGCAGGAUCUGUCCCCUGCGGAAACAGGAUUGGGUUUGGUGGGAGAAUCCAGCAAAAUCCGGCCUGCAGAAAGGAAAGCGAUCCCUGCUGGUCGUGAAAUCAAAAGCAGACAUUGAUUUAAUUGUCACAGGAGGGAGGCAGCUGUUUGGUCCCCAGGGGCUGAUCCUGAACCCAGGACCAUCGCUGGAUGGGGAACGACAAAUGGCUUGCAGGAUAUUUAUCGAUGUGGCACCCCAUCUGCGCAUUGCCAUUCAUGCCAUGUAUGUGGAGUUCCAAACAACGGCCAACGAAACACACUCCAGCUACAUUUCGAUUCGAGACAUCGAAUCCUUGAGGACUACCGUCUUCCAUGGCAACCGUCUUUUCUACUGGGAAUCCGUCGGCAGCCGAGCCGAGAUCGAAUUCAACCGAGCCCUGGCCAACGUCAGCUUCCGAGCGGAGUACUGGGCCACCAAGUAGUCCUUUGUUAGCUCGGCCGAUGUGGAAAACGCCGCGAACAAGGCAAUGCCAGUAUAGUCGGAAGGGACCUCGGAGGUCUUCUAGUCCAACCCCCUGCUCAAGCCGGACAGGAGGCAGGAAAGGGCCCACUGCUGAGCUCUCUGCCACAAACUUGAAACGGAUGAGCGAAGCUUUUAUUGUGCCUUUCUGUAGAUGUCUUAUGCGUCUGUUUUUGCAAACCAUGGUUAUCUUUUCUGGGUGUUUCCGUCAACCUAACCCCAGCUGGAGCAGA